GUUUAUUUCGAUCAAGAUUUUAUACUUCUUGAACGACCUCCAGGAAAACCUGAACCAGGUCAUUUCACGUGGAUCGGUGGAUUCCCAUAUACUCUCCCAUUUGAAUGUCCUCUUCCGAAGGGAUGUCCGAUGUCGUACGAAGGACCCUAUGCGUUCAUACGUUAUUUCAUCAAGGCCAGUCUAAUUCACGAGCAAGAUGAUGGAGGGACGAAGGAAUACUACGUUAAAAAGGCGUUUUCAAUCGUACCGCCAUCGGAAGGGUAUUUGUUAAAAGGAGAACUAGUUGUAGUGAAUCAGUUGGCGCUAUAUGGAAGUUGUUGCUGUAAGGGAAAGAUAUCCGUUGAAUUAUCAUUGCCUAAGACCGGUUACUUGCCUGGUGAAAUGGUCGUUGGAAAAUUAAAAAUUGGCAAUAAAUAUCCUAGGGAUAUACUGCAACAUGUAGAAAUCCGCCUCGUGGAUCGUGUUAUUCGUAUUGGAGCCCCAGAAAAGUCAGCUACUUCGCCGUAUCGGACGCUUUACUAUAGAAAAAAUCAACCAACAAAAAUUGCAAAAGGAACAAAAGAUAUUCAAAAUGAUGAUUUUUAUCUUCUGACAAUCCCUGCUGUUUGUCCAUCAACAAAAGGAGAUGUAGAUGCACUGAAAAAUGAAGUCCAUAGUUUGAGUCCAUCAACUGCUGUUGUAGAAAGUCCAUCCACAGCAACGUUGCGUUUUAGAAAGUUACCAUUCAUCAAUAUAGAGUAUGCCAUUCAGGUUUCUUUAGGAAAUAUUGUUUUACUUGAAGCCCCAAUAACGGUUGGAGAGUUGCCUACAAACGACCCUACUACCGUCUUAAAGUCAUUCGUUGGUGGUCCUCAGCCAAUUCAAGAAGCGGAAGAAACGGAAAGAAUCUCUGUUGGGGGCCCAUUUAUGUACACACCCGUGUACCCAAUGAUGGCGAAUUCCUCUAGUGAUAAUGAAUCCAAGCCGAAAAAUGACGGCUUUCCCAAUAAUAUAUGCGCUAUCACAGAAGAAGCUACCAAACGACGAAACAUAACUAGCAGUCCGACGGAUGGAGCUGUUGUUAUAAACCUUGAAAGAGUCUGCGAAAAAUCAUCUCCAGAAGAUUCAGUUGGCACGGAGCUACAUAAAGGCUCUGGUGAUUUCGUGCAAGGAUCGGACGUAGAAUGUGGAGAAACUACAGAGAUUGCAAAGGAGAACGGGACAAACGUGGUUCGAACGACAACCAUUGGAACACAUCAUGAUGAUUAUGGGUCGACGUUGGUGCAGGUGCAAACCAAGACAACGGAACUUAGUGUUAAAAACUAA